UUUUCAUCGGCUGUUCAAAUCACUGAAUCUUCGAUAAAAACGUGUCCGUUAUUUUCUUCAAAUUUUCUGGAACUUUGUGAAACAUGUCAAAACGAAGACUCGAUGUCGACGAUGCUAAGAAGUCUAAAGAGAUGGCAGAUUUUGAGAAUCUGAAAAUGAAGAUCAAAUUGAAUCCAUAUUCCGGUCGACCAUACACUGAACGUUAUUAUGGAAUAUUGAAGAAAAGACUUCAGCUACCCGUGUUUGAGUACAAGGAGAGAUUCAUGGGAAUGCUUGAUAAGAAUCAAUGUAUUGUUUUGGUUGGUGAGACAGGAUCCGGAAAAACUACUCAGAUUCCACAGUGGUGUGUUGAAGGACGAAAGGACCAACGUAAAGGUGUUGCUUGUACUCAACCUCGGAGAGUAGCAGCAAUGAGUGUUGCACAGCGUGUUGCUGAUGAAAUGGACGUUACUCUGGGUCAAGAAGUUGGAUAUAGUAUUCGAUUCGAAGACUGUACUAGUGCCAGAACUGUUAUGAAGUACAUGACAGAUGGUAUGCUAUUAAGAGAAGCCAUGACUGAUCCAUUAUUGGAUAAGUAUGAUUGUAUUUUACUGGAUGAGGCCCAUGAACGUACCCUCGCUACAGAUAUUCUUAUGGGGUUGCUGAAAGAGGUUGUCGCCCAGCGUAAAGAUAUUCGUAUUGUCAUCAUGAGUGCCACAUUGGAUGCUGGGAAGUUCCAAGAAUAUUUUAACAACUGUCCGUUGUUGAGCGUACCCGGACGUACCCAUCCAGUGGAGAUCUUUUAUACCCCAGAACCAGAACGAGAUUACCUCGAGGCAGCCAUCAGGACAGUUGUUCAGAUUCAUAUGUGUGAAGAAGUCGAGGGUGAUCUUUUGCUUUUCCUAACUGGACAAGAGGAAAUUGAAGAAGCAUGCAAACGUAUCAGGAAGGAGAUGGAUAAUCUGGGAGGUGAAGUCGGAGAGCUGAAAUGCAUCCCUCUCUAUUCCACAUUACCCCACCUACAGCAACGCAUAUUUGAAUCAGCGCCAGCAAACCGCCCUAACGGUGCAAUCAGUCGUAAAAUUGUGGUGUCGACAAAUAUUGCGGAAACGUCACUAACCAUUGAUGGCGUUGUGUUUGUCAUUGAUCCAGGAUUCUCAAAACAGAAGGUCUACAAUCCUCGUAUACGCGUCGAGUCUCUUCUGGUGUCUGCCAUUUCCAAAGCAAGCGCACAGCAAAGAGCUGGUCGCGCUGGUCGUACCAAACCUGGCAAGUGUUUCCGUCUGUAUACGGAGAAGGCGUUUCAAACAGAGAUGCAGGAUAAUACAUAUCCAGAAAUAUUGAGAUCAAAUCUUGGUACCGUCGUUUUACAUUUGAAGAAACUUGGCAUAGAUGAUCUUGUCCAUUUUGACUUCAUGGAUCCUCCCGCGCCGGAAACAUUGAUGCGAGCUCUGGAGUUACUAAAUUACCUGGGCGCUCUUGAUGAUAAUGGGGACCUUACGGAACUUGGCUCAAUGAUGGCGGAAUUUCCUCUCGAUCCACAGCUGGCAAAAAUGGUCAUUGCAAGCUGCGAAUUCAACUGCUCGAAUGAAAUACUCUCGAUUACAGCCAUGCUUUCAGUACCGCAGUGUUUUCUACGUCCCAACGAAGCGAAGAAAGCUGCUGACGACGCGAAAAUGAAAUUUGCUCAUAUCGAUGGAGAUCAUCUGACCUUGUUGAACGUCUACCACGCGUUUAAACAGAAUCACGAAGAAUCGCAAUGGUGUUACGAUAACUUCGUGCAGUAUCGUUCUCUCAAGUCCGCUGACAGCGUGCGGGACCAGCUUGUACGUAUUAUGGAUCGUUUCAACUUGGCCCGUCGGAGCACAGACUUCAACAGUAAAGAUUAUUAUAUCAACAUAAGAAAGGCUCUUGUCGCUGGCUUCUUUAUGCAGGUUGCGCAUCUUGAGAGGUCUGGACACUAUCUCACAGUCAAGGACAAUCAGGUUGUACAACUUCACCCAUCAACUGUGCUGGAUCACAAACCUGAAUGGAUAUUGUACAACGAAUUUGUCCUUACCACGAAGAACUACAUAAGAACAUGUACCGAAGUGAAGCCCGAAUGGUUGGUGAAGGUCGCUCCGCAGUAUUACGACAUGAGAAAUUUCCCUAACUGCGAAGCAAAGAGAAUUUUGGAACGAGUGACCGAAAGAUUGUUGAAGGGACGUUAGAAGUUUGUGACUUUCAUGAAACGCAUGUCCUUUGUCGUACACUCAUGUAGUCGAAAGAUCAUUAUGAUCCUACAAAAGGAACGGUAUUUCUCCUCAUUAUCGCGUUACAUACGAGCAAAAGUUUUUUAGUUUUGUUUUGAGGUUGAGUUUGACUCUUCAUCAAUUUGAAUUUUCAAUAAAUACUUUACACUGCGAA